CUGUCUCUCUCACUCUUUCUUCUAUCUCUCUCUGUCUCCCACACAAGUGAUAUUCUCAGUGUCUGACUCACCCUACUCUUCUGACCCAGCUAAUCUCCCACUCUAGGGGGAGGAGAGGGGAGGCGACAGGGAGAGAGACACGGGGACAGAGAGAGAGAGAGAGAGAUAGAGAAACAGAGAGAGAGAGGGACGGAAAACACUGGGAAGAGAGGCAGACGAAUAAAGAAUGAAGGAAUAACGGAAAGAAGGGAGCGAGGGAGAGUGAGGGAGAGAAAGAGGGAGGGAAACAACAGAGGAACAGACAAGAUGAAGAUGAAGAUGAAGAAAAAUCGAUAACGGGAACGGUUUUUGGACAACCUGCCAGACGGAGAGACAGAGAGGACUACAGACUACAGUCUGAAGUAGACCAUGGUAGAUUUGUUCCUAGGUCGUUCACUAGUAUGUAACAAUAGAGACCGUGUUGAGUACGAUACGGAACGGGAAAUCAUCCUCCGUCUCCAGAACCGGAUCCUGCUCCUGUUCUUCGGUUCCGCUGACUGCCAACGGUGCCAGGAGUUCGUCCCAACGCUUAAGGACUUCUUCAAGCGUCUAACUGAUGAGUUCUACGUGGAACGCUCCGCCCAGUUGGUCCUUCUAUACAUCAGCCUGGACCAAUCAGAGGAGCAGCUGGAGAACCUCCUCAAAGAGCUGCCCAAGAAAUGCCUGUUCCUAACCCACGAUGACCCCUAUCGCAGAGAGCUGGAGUCUAUGUUUGAGGUAGAGGACGUAGCGAGUGUGGUGGUUCUGCGUCCAGACUGUUCUGUCCUACUUCCCAACGCUGUCUCUGAGAUAAGCAGCCUCGGAACCGACUGCUUCCACAACUGGCAGGAAUCAGCUGAGCUUAUGGACAGGAACUUCAUGCUGAACGAGGAGUUUGAUGACAAAAAGAUGCGGAGCGUCACUGACCCGAUACGCCACCUCAAAUACAAGGUGAAGACGAAGAAGAGGAGGAGGCAAUGGGGG